AUCUUCUGAAACAUAUUAAACCAGCCAGCUUCUCUUAUCUCUUAUCUCUUCCCUCCCAGCUUUAUAAACACAAAAAGGCACAAAGACAGAGAGGGAGAGAUGAGUUCCCUAAUCAGCACGCCCAUUGCACCCACUUCACACACCCUUUUGAAACCAAAUCGCAAUACCCUCUUACGUGGUGAUUCUCUUCUUCCAAAGCGCCUUUCAUGUACUAGAACGAGAAGUUCUUCAACUACAAGGGCUUUGCUUUCAACUACCAAGGAAUCAGUCUUAAAAGAUUUUCAUGAAAGAAGAGCUCUCAAGAUAAUCUCAGGCUUGCAGAAUUUGAAUAAGGAGAAUGUUGCUUCUGUUGUUACUGCUGCAGAUAAGGGGGGUGCAACACAUGUGGACAUUGCCUGUGAUCCAGAUUUGGUGAAGCUGGCGACUAGCUUGACUUCUCUUCCGGUUUGUGUUUCUUCUGUGGAUCCUGCAGCAUUUUCCGCAGCUGUUGAAGCUGGAGCUUUGAUGGUGGAGAUUGGAAAUUAUGAUUCGUUCUAUGAGAUGGGCAUAGUUUUCUCCCCGGAGCAGAUUCUUAAUCUAACGAAGGAGACCAAGAGGAUUCUUCCAUCAAUGACACUAUCCGUCACAGUGCCUCACACACUAAGCCUCCCUGAUCAGAUUAAGCUAGCAGAGCAGUUAGAACAGGAAGGUGUUGACAUUAUCCAGACUGAAGGAGGAAAAGGGUCUAGUCCUUCAAAGCCUGGUGUUCUUGGCUUGAUCGAAAAGGCAACCCCGACACUAGCAGCAGCAUAUGCUAUUUCACGAGCUGUCAAGAUCCCUGUUAUGUGUUCAUCUGGACUAAGUGCGGUCACUGCUCCAAUGGCCAUCACAGCAGGGGCUUCUGGUGUGGGUGUGGGGUCGGCUGUGAACAAGCUUAAUGAUGGGGUUGCGAUGAUCGCAGAGGUCAGAAGUAUUGCUGAUUCCUUGAGCCUUUCAACUGGUAGACAUAUUGUAUCUGAAAAGAACACCUUGAGACUCUGACUUCUACAAUCCAUUCUUAUAAUAAAAUAAAUAUGUAAUUCUGCCUAUUACAGAAUAUGUUUGUAAUAUUAUACCAGCACGAAAUGCUUGAGAGAGAUCUCUUGAGGGAGUCGAGGACUUAAUACUGGGGAGUAGUUAGGGUGCAACUUGGGCGAGCCAAACGAAUUUAACCAGAAUCUAACCCGACAAAAACAG